AUGGUUUUACUUGUUUCAGUGCUCCUUGGCAUACAGGCGCUUUGGUCCUGUGGUGCCUCUCCUACCAGAAAAUCACCACCAGCAUUGCUCUCCCCGACUUGUGAUGAGAUUGCAGUAGAGGAGGCUGCCGAUCUAGCUCUUCGCAAGAUCAAUGCUGACCGAGAGGAGGGCUACAUACUCAGGCUCUACCGAAUUUUCAGUGUCCGAGAACAUCCUCAGGAGAUCACUGGUUCUGUCUUCUAUCUCAUCUUGGAUGUAGUAGAUACCGAAUGCCAUGUACUCAGCAGAAAGUUGUGGAAGAACUGUAAGGCCAGAGUACCUCAUUCGACUGUUUAUGGUCAAUGCAAAGCAAUCAUCUACAUUAAUCAGGCAAGAAAUAUUGCUCAUCUGAAUAAUUAUGAUUGCACUUUACAACCAGUUCCACCCAGAUAUAUCUGGAAAAUAUGUCCUGACUGCCCAGUUGAUGACAAUCCAAAUGAGCCCAAAUAUUUGGAAACUGCUGUUCAAAGCCUUGCCAAGUUCAAUGAAGAGAGUGAACAAACUCAUUAUUUUUCUGUCCUCAAUGUCACAAGAGCUUCAAUGCAGUGGGUCAUUGGUCCUGCAUAUUUUGUGGAGUUUUUAAUUCAGGAGACAUCCUGCUCCAAAAGUGACAAGAGUGCUGACAUCUCCAAGUGCAAACCACUUCCACCAGAACAAGCUCAAAUAGGCUUCUGCAAAGGCUCUGUAGUCAACAGCCGUGUGGAACAUCAACAGUUUGUCUCAAUAUCCUGUGAAAUCUACAGUCUGCAGGAUCCUGCCACUGAAGAGCAAGCUAAUGAGACAUCUGGAGAACCCAGCCAGACUCAUCAACAAUCUUCCCCUUCAGAAGCCAAUCCUUUCUCCCCACAUCUACAAAAGACAAUGGGCUCAGUCAAAAUGUUACCCCCUUCAACUGAGGACAUCUCUUUCUACCACCUACCAGAAAGUCAUAACACACAUAAAGAUAGAAAGCCAGUUCCACCCGAGGCUGUAGAAUCUAAGCCCAGUGUUGAUGAAGAAAAGUCUCAGGUAGACAAACCAAACUUGACCAAACCACUCACUGGCCCAGUUAUUCUCCCUUUUCCUCAAGAACUUUCUCUAUCAGACUCAUGUCCAGGAGAAGCAAAGGAGCCGAAGGCCAUCCUUGAGCCUUUGAUGCCUAAAAAGCCCACUUGA